UCUUGUUUACAUUUUUAUUCGCUCUGCACGCAAAAAAUUCAAAUUUCUUUAAAAAAAUGGAUAACACUCCGAAACAAUCUUUCUUCAAGAGAAAUCUCGUCGCCAUCGUGAUGAUCCCGUUCGUCAUUUGUGCUCACAUCGGUUGGCAACGAAUGCAGUACGUCGAAGAAUUGGUUCCUGCUCACGAACGAAAGAUCGUCAAUGUCGCUGUUGAGGCUCCAAAGAAGGUUAUCGGGAGAGUUUUGCACACAAUAUUUCCGAGCGAUGAGACCGAAAAACCUGAGAAAAAAUAAUUUUAAGAAAUUUCAAACAAAAUUUGAGCUAAAAUCGAUUUUUGAGACAAUUGUAAAUAAAUUGUAGAUUAUUUUAGGAAUUAA